AUGCAUUCGGCAUCUGCAAUUAUCAAGGCCUUCGUGGUCCUGGCCGGCUUCAGCGCGGCUGCACCUGCUCCCUGGAGCGUCCCCCCAGAGCACCUUGAGAUCCUAGCUCUCAGACGCGCCACUCCUUUGAACCCAGAUUCUGUGACCGACGUGCGCUGCUGGAACACUGAGGAGAAGAUCAUCUUCCACGAGGAGAACGCAGCCCAGCUCGCCAUAUGUGACGGCAUCUCAGGCUCCACGUCCCAGUGCGGCGGGUCGCCAGCCACGACCGUCGGUCGCAAGGGCAGCGCCAAGUUCACCCUUACCGCACUCAAGGAGGGCGCGAAGAUCAACAUCUCCAAGGUCCGGUGGGAGGAGUGCGUCCACGCCGCCCGCUCCGUCUGUCCCACGGGCAGCCUCUCAGCGACCUGCCGCGGCGGCGCGACCGCCGGGGACGUCGCCUUUGUCCUGGAGAACCCGGCGCUGGAGACCAAGCGCUGA